AGAAUGAAAGCUAAAAACGACGUAAAAAAGCAAAACACUAAUUUAUCUUCCUUCAUCCUUUAUGUUUUGUACUUGUUCAUAGUUUUGUAUUUAUGAAUUGAUGUCAAUGUGCGAUAAAAUUUUGUCGUAAAGUAAAUAGUACCACAUUAGCAAGAAAUUCAUAAUCAACAAUGACUGUAGGAGAUCAAACAAAGUCACAUUUUGGGAAAAGAAAAGCUCCAUCUUAUCCCCCACAAGGAAUUCGUUGCCAGAAGUGUUUGGAAUAUGGACACUGGACUUAUGAAUGCAAAGGAAAAAGAAAAUAUUUACAUAGGACUUCAAGAACUAAGCAAUUGAAGAAGCGACUGAAAACCUUAGAAGAAACUGGUUCACAAGCAUCAGUUAGUAAUAAAACAAAAACACAGUUAAAAAAGAAAGCAGAGAGUAGUAGCUCAGACUCAGACGAUUCAUCUAGCAGUAGUAGUAGUAGCAGUAGUGAAAGUGAAUCUUCUAGUAGUAGCGACAACAGUACGAGUUCAUCAUCGAGCGAAUCCAGUUCUGAUACAGAGUAAUUUUAGUUAGCUAUGUUCUGAAAGAUUUAUUUUUUAAAUAAAAGUUGUUUUAAUUA